UCAGCGAGCCAUGGAUAUAGAUAACGAAGACAUCGGUAAUUUUCAGCUCAGAUCGAAAAAGAAGAAGAUAGCUGCGAACUGAAAAGAAUAGAACAGGAAGAGAGAAAUGGAGUCGACGGAAUCUUCUUACGUGUCAUCACCGGAGGCAGCGAGAAAUAGAUAUCCACCGCCGCCUAAAUCGCCGACUUGUGGAAAUGAGGAGAAGCCUGCACAUAUAAGGUUUCUUGUCUCCAAUGCAGCGGCUGGCUCUGUAAUUGGAAAGGGUGGUUCAACAAUUACUGAAUUUCAGUCAAAAUCAGGAGCUCGAAUUCAGUUGUCACGCAAUCAUGAAACUUUCCCAGGAACAUCAGACAGGAUCAUUAUGGUCUCUGGAACAGUUGACGACAUAAUCAAAGCUAUGGAGCUUAUCCUUGCAAAAUUAUUGCAUGAGUUUAAUAUUGAAGAUAAUGAUGAUGUUGGACCAAGAACAAAAGUGAGGCUAAUUGUUCCUAAUAGCUCUUGUGGCAGCAUAAUUGGGAAGGGAGGGUCUACCAUAAAGUCAUUUAUCGAAGACUCCCAAGCUGGCAUUAAGAUAUCUCCACUUGAUAAUAAUUUUUAUGGCUUGAAUGAUAGGCUAGUGACACUUAUUGGCACACUAGAUGAGCAGAUGCGAGCAAUUGAAUUGUUGCUUUCCAAACUUUGCGAAGACCCCCAUUACUCUCAAGCUAUGCAUGCUCCAUUUUCAUAUGCAGUGACUUACUAUUCAAUGAACUAUGCACCAAAUGGGACUGGCGGGAAGUUUCCGAAUCACAAGGAGGAUCAUAACAACUCCAUCACGAUCGGUGUUCCGGACGAGCAUAUUGGACUGGUUCUUGGUCGUGGUGGAAGGAAUAUAAUGGAAAUUGGUCAGGUAAGCGGGGCCAUGAUAAAAAUAUCGGAUCGGGGCGAAUUGAUGUCUGGAACAACAGAUAGGAAAGUCACGAUCACAGGAUCACAACGAUCCAUCCGUCAAGCCGAGUCUAUGAUCAUGCAAAAGGUAGCAAAUGCCACCGAGAGGUCGAUGGAUUAGUUUUCCAGUAAUAAAAACCAACAAUUCUUGUUAAGUCUUCCGACGGACCGAAACAUAUAUGCAUUCAUUGACAUGCCAUGAGUCGACAAAGUUGAGUGUAUUGUCGUAGGCAGCAAGAAAGUUAGUGAUCAAGCAGAGCUCGUAUUAGUUAUUCUUCAUAAACUACAGACUAAAUUUGCUGAUUUAAGGGAAAGAAAAAUUUUGUUGACCAAGAAAUCGAAU